AUGAGUGUAUGCGACUCUCGCCGUUCAAUGCCGCAUGUGCCGUCACCAGCACCAGUACCGACCGAAGCCCAUCCAGGAGCAUUUCCACAUGAAAUCAGCGCGGCAAUCAACUGACUGCGGCCUGUUUUGCUAUCUCCAUCUUCCAUCCUCCAUCGACGGACUUUGAGUUGAGGGGAGGGGAGGGCAUACAUAUCGAGAAAGCCUUUUUACAUACGCUCCGGAUCCCCCAGGCACCAGCGGAGUUCUAUUUCAAAGCUAUUCGUUUCUUUCUUGGCGUAUCUCAUAUCUAUCUACUCCGCCUACCGUAUGCUAUCUACAUAUCUGCACGGCCCGCACGCAUGCACGCCUAGUUGGUUAGCAAACAACCCUAACUAGAGUAUCUACUGCACCCCUCAUGACGGAACGUCAUCAUCAGCAAUCAUUCACCCCACCCGCUGUUUCGCUCGCUCGCUCGCUUUUCGGCUGUUUAGGCGUCUGUUCCGCGCGCGCCCUAUGUACGUAUGAUAUGUAUGAUAUGUAUUGUAGGUAUUGUACUCCUAGAUCCGGCAUCCGUCGUACAUACCUAAUGUAUCACACGACGAGAGAAAAAAAAACAGUAACAGUGCUAGCAAACGUAACUACUCUACUGCCGUGGGCCAUGAGACUGUGAGCCAUGAGACUGUGAGCCAUGAGACUGUGAGCCAUGAGACUGUGAGCCAUGGGACGGAACUGUGAUUGCUUGCUUGCUUGCUGAUGAGGAGAUGAGGUG